AUGAACGGAGAAGAGAAAAAUGAGAGCUUUCAAAAGUCUAAUCUCUAUCCCGAACUUAACGAAACGUCAAAUGUGCAGCUUAAAAUUAAUGAGGAUAUGUUUAUAGUGAUUAAAGCAGCAGAUUUUGCAGCUCGUAGACAUCGCUUUCAAAUGAGGAGAGACGGCCGGACACCUUAUAUUAACCAUCCGGUUGGAGUUGCCUAUCUUUUGACGAGUGUUGGAAAUAUUACCGAUCCUGCAACCCUAGCAGCAGCCUAUUUACAUGAUACUAUUGAAGAUACUAAAACAACAUUUGAAGAGUUAGUAGAGGAAUUUGGAACAGAAAUUGCAGAAAUUGUUCUUGAAUGCACAGACAAUACAAAAUUGUCAAAGCAGGAACGAAAAAACGAACAAGUUGAAAGAGCUUCAAAAUGCUCACAAAAAGUAGAUUACCAAAUAGCCGGUACUAAGGCUAGUCCUGCCUUUUUCUUUCUUAAGAAAAAAGUGAUCACUCAAUUUCACUCUAUUUAUUCCGAAUCUUCAUUAAAAACUCCCAUUAAGCGACAACGAUCUCAAUGA